GAAGCGGCGGAGAGUGCAAAUCUUGUUUGGUCUGGGUCUGUGAACUAAAGCGUGACUUCAGAGACGUAUUAGGGGUUAAAAGAACGAACAAGCGAGAGAGAGAGAGGGAAAAAGAAGAAAAAAAAAAAAAAAGUCCCAUUAGCGCCAGGCAUCAUUUGCAAUCGAAAAAGCGCACAUAGAUAGCAUAAUUAUUUCUAUCCUCGUCAGAUAUGAAAAUGCUCCGAGCCAGUCUGGCUCACUAUGCACUGUGCAUGUACUACUGAACUUUUACAUGACCUACACUACAUAUACACACGCUUUAUUAUGUGUUAAAAUAUCCUAGUGGUAUGCUGUCCUCAUUACUUUCUGGACAGAAAUAAACUUAGCACUGGAGUUGACGGAGGAAAUAAACACAGCGAAGUUACCAUAGUGAUUAUUUUAAAGGAAACGCGAGAUAAACAAUCAGUAAAGCACGCUCAGCGUUAAUAUCUGGCGGAGAUGUCAGGCAUUAGUCCGAUUAGAUGUGGUGGGCAGGAGCGCGGCGAGACCCGUCAGGCGAGCAGCGCACUGAGGAGAAGAGUGAAGUGGUGAAUGGCUGAACUUAAGCGCUCUGCUGUCAGCCAGCGACGCGGGAGUCGUGCGUAAACACACCGGUGCGCCUGGAACUCCGCGAAGAGGGACACAAGUUGGGACGCAUGAACUGCUAAUCACUCGUUACCGGCGCUGCGCUUCGGGUAACAUGCCUGCCAUCAAAAAGGAGAGACUGGAUGGAGAAGACAUGGCAUUAGCCGCCUUCAACCAACCCGAAUACCUGGCCCCUUUAAAUGCCACCGCUAUCCCCGUGGUGACCCCUCAUCCGCCGCCGUACGAUCACAUUUUCGCCCAUCACCAGCGCGCGUACUUGAGCUUUCGCGACGCCGCGCUGCAUCAGCAGCACCUUCACCACCACUCAGACGACUUCAUGCUGGAGAGCUUCUCGUCUAUCCCGGACUUUCAGCCGUUUUUCGACAACGGGGAGCCUUGUAUCGAAGUGGAAUGCGGGGAAAACAAAGCACUACUGUACAUUAACAAACUGUGCCAGGGCAGCAAAGGGCCCUCCAUCAAAUACCGGGCUGAGUGGCUCACCCCAAACGAGUUCCAGUUCGUGAGUGGAAGAGAGACAGCCAAAGACUGGAAACGGAGCAUUAGGCACAAAGGGAAAAGUCUGAAGACACUUAUGUCCAAAGGAAUCUUACAAGUACAUCCUCCAAUCUGUGACUGCCCUGGCUGCAGAAUUUCAUCUCCUGUGCAGAAGGCCAGCACACCUUUCAGAAGAUACAGCGCCAAGAAAACGUCUCUCGGCUUUUCCAUAUCAUCCUUACUGUCUGAGCCAACAAUAAGAAAUAACCGUGGGCGACUGGCAGAGAAACGCACCAUCCCCUUGCCGCCAACACGGGUGCCCAAAAAGGAGCUGGCCUCCAUUUUCAGCAGUGACGACAGUGAGGGCAGCGAGCGGGCCAGCGGAGAUCAUGCAGACAUCAAACAGGAAGAGCUGCAUUACACUAUCAUGAGAAAGAGUCGUGACAGUGACCUCUCAACGAUCAUCUCCAACCUGCACCACACCCGACAGCACGGCAUGCCCGAAGGCCAGCCCUGCUCCGACCUCAGCCUCGCCUCCGCACACUCAGAUGACAUUCUAGGCAAGAGGAGAGCCUACUCCCCCAACAGCAGCAGCGAGUGCCCAUCUGACAGCAAGAAGUCCCGCAGCGUGUCACCUAAAGAGAACUCUCACACGCCUGCGCUGGAGCCGGGCAGUCACAUGACCCCCGAGGAGCACUACAGGCGCAUGAUGUCAGCUCUGAAUGAGCAUGGCUCUUUUGAGGAGCAGCAGCAGCGCCUGUACCAGCUGGCGAACAACAUGGGCGUCCCGAGCCACGAGCUGCUGCGUGUGCGUCAGGAAGCCAUGGCUGCCGUUAGAAACCCGGGAGGAAUGGAAGCUCACAUCCCCACUGCAGGCAGCUCCUCCAGCCAGCGGCGCAAGCAGGGCCUUCCCCAACACAGAGACGCACACUUCCCUGAGCGAGACAUAUCGCACCCUCCUCCAUUGCUGUCCCCGCAGAAUGCUCCUCACAUUGCUCUGGGGCCUCACCUGCGUCCCCCGUUCCUGGGCAUGCCUUCUGCCCUCUGCCAAGCCCCAGGUUAUGGUUUCCUGCAGCCUGCUCAGGCAGAGAUGUUCGCCCGUCAACAGGAGAUUCUUCGUAAACAGAAUCUUGCUAGGUUGGAAAUGUCUGCUGAACUGUUGAGACAGAAGGAGUUAGAGAACCUCCACAGGCAGCGACUGCUGGCGGACCCGCUGGGCCUGCAUCCUGGACUCCCUGCAGAACACCCUGCCUUGCGCAGCCUGCAAGAAAUCCCAGAGGGCCACCCACUCCGAGAAGAGCUCAAUCGCCGCAACGCCAUGCUGGUUUUGCGGCACAACAACACCCCAUUACUCUCCCUCAACCACCAGGGGGCAGCAGCAGGCACUUCCUCUAAAGACCUUAGCAACAGGAAGAGCUUGAGGAAAGGAGGACCACUCAGAGGGGACCAACAAGGGGGUUCAUCUGAGACUAAAGAGAUGCUUGGGGAGGGCUGUGCACGGGACGGAGAAAUAGAGGGACAGGAUGAAGACAUGAAAGACUUUGAGAAUGAUGCAGAGGUUGGGGAAGACAGGCCUGAGAGGCUUUCCAAAGUUGACGGACAUGGUCUCGGUUCAGAGGUGUGCCAAGGCAAGGAUGUGACCAAGUCUAGUGAAGCGGUGAAAGAGCUGGGGGAGGGUUCAGGAAGGCUCAGUGCUCCAUGUAGCUCCACUGGCCAAGAGUCACCAACCCACCACCUCUUCACAUCAGGACUGAGCAAGAGCGAGGCCAAAUACCUGCCACCAGGAAUCCCACCCUUACCCACUUUGCCUGGACAAGCUCUGCCCUUCACCUUUCCAUACACCAGCCCUUACUUUCACACCGGCGCCAUGGGAGGUCUUUUCGUGGACGGAGAAGAGGCGGGAGCAGCCGAGGACAUCAGCAAGUGGAGUGUGGAGGAGGUGUGCAGCUUCAUCAGCAGCCUAGCAGGCUGUGGGGAGUAUACACAGGUCUUCAGAGAGCAGGCCAUCGAUGGCGAGACUCUGCCACUGUUGACGGAAGACCACUUGCUCAACAACAUGGGAUUGAAACUAGGGCCUGCCCUCAAGAUCCGCUCUCAGGUGGCGCGACGUAUUGGCAGAAUAUUCUACAUGACCAGCUUCCCGCUGGCCCUCCCGCUGCCGCCAUCUGCUCUGCGCCCCACAGACAGAGACCCCCUGCCCGCCGAGACCCGCCCUCCUUCUACCGGCAGCACUUCCUCCCCAUUCAGCGUGCCCCCUCCUGCCUGCCGCGCCUCUCCCAAACAGGAGAACGGAAACCCCUCCUCAGCGGGAGCUUACGACUCCACUAAACCUCCCUCGUAGAAUUGGCCAUUAAAACUCUUGACUGCUUCUCCAUAUGGCAGAGGCAGUGCUUCAGGGAGGAGGUAAAAACGGAGAGAGAGGGCAUGAAGGGGGCCCUCUUUGAACUAUUCUUUCCUUCCUCUUACCCCCUCUACCCCCCCUCCCGAAAAUAAAAAGCAAACUUGAGGACCUUUAUGCAGAGGCACUUAAUCUUUUUAGGAAAAGUGUGGAGAAAUGUGCAGAAAGACGAGAGAAACUGAUGAAACGACACAGGCUAAAACAGCUCCACCCUUCGCAGCGGCUGUGUGGAAGCCAAAAUCCAAAGAUGUGCAAAUAGGGACUUGGGGACGAGACAGGAAGCGUUAGAGUGUGCGAGAGAUGAACGUGAGCAGACAGCUGCUCUUAAACGGCAUGCCAGAAGGAAGGGAGACGCAUCCAGCGAACGUACGAGGUACACAUACGACAUUCUUUUGUGUCAGAUGUUGUGGGAAACCAACAUUCGCUGCGAUGAACUCUUGUGGUACCUAACAUUCUCGGGGAGCGGUGAACUUCGAAAGAGACGCUUUCUUUUUCUGCAUUCACGCCAACUCCUCCUCCAACUUCCAGCCGUUUUAAAUUUUCUGGAGUUGGUUUCGCUUCGAAAGACUAAAUCCUCCAAAGAGGAGUAAAUAUGAAAACAGGAUGGAACUCAUUUGCAGUCUUGACCAGUGCAACUAUGCAUUCCACAGUCCAAAACCAAAGAUGGAUGGAAGUGGAAUUUUCAAACGAGAUCUAGCGUUGAUCUCACCAGUGAUGAAACAAGGUACACAUACAGGGCGCCGUACUGAAGGAGGUGAAAUGGAAAAGGACCUCAAAAAGAGAGACAUGUAAAGCACUUAGACUUCCUGUGACCAAAAGCCAUCAGCCAAAGCAAUGGCCCAAACUCUCACCCGACAAACAUCUGGGCCCGUUUUAGUUUCACGAUCCCACGAAAAAAGAGCAUUAGGGAAGGAUGGACAUCCCUCCCGAUGCCUGUCCAUAGAUGGAUUAAUGCCAUUGUGAGGUCACACUUACUGCUGUGGGAAAGACAUGUUAUCCUGAAUUGUACAGAAACAUGCUCAAGAUGAGAAUAUACUGAAGAUGAAAUAAGUGGUACGUUUUGUUAAAUGUAGUUGCACGAGUUAAAAAUCUUUAUUACUGAACAAAAUGUGACUGGCUGACUCGGUGGUACUUUUGUUCAUCUUUUUCUGUUUGCUGUGUAUUCCAGUUGUAAUAAUCAUGAGCCCCAAUCUUAAAUGCCACUUCAGCAUAUAAAUGAGAAAAAAAAAUAUUUAUAGGAAUUUGUUUGCUGUAGUUAGAGCAACGAAAUAUUAAAUUGUCCUUAAAUUGAUCCCAAAGAACAAUACUUUUCUCUUUGUUGCAGGGAAAUGGAAGGCACAAAGCUCUUUAUGCAAAUCUUUGAAAUUGUUUUUCUUUUUAAAUAUGUAAGCAAUUAAUUAAAAUCGUCUCUAGAUUUCCCAUCAAUGUUUUGUCUUCAUCCUAUUUUUCUAUUCUCUGCUGGGUGAAAUAAAUCCUAUUGCAAACUUG